GUUCUCUUCCAUAUUUUUGUGCAGGUGGAGCCGGGGGUCUCUUGGAAACAGCCUCCCUACUUCCGAGUAGGGGCAAGGUCUGCGUACACACACCCUCCCCAGACCCUACUGUUGUGGGAUUCAACUGGGUUGUUGUUGUUGUUCGGGACGGCUGAGUGUGUGAGCUUGAGCAUAGAAUCUGAGCCCGUCAUAAAAAUAUACGGGCCAUCAUGUAUAAACUCUGAAUAGAGCUGGUAACUCAAAAUUCAAGCCCAAGCCAGCUACUUUGUGAGCGGGUUUUUACGGUGCGGGUAGAUCGGAUACUCGGAUUCGUGAUCGGGUAUGGAUAGAGUAUUUGAAACGAUCAACCCUACAAAAAAUAGGAUCCAGAGUCCCAGCAAUUACUAUUUGGGCUUUAUCCCUGGAGAACAAGAAAAGAAAACUACUCCGUAUUUAGACACCAUCUGGUUGAUGUCACCGACCAAAACCCUCUAUCUCUCCAUCUAACGAUCCUCUGAUCUGAGAUUUUCCUACAGCUAUGGCGUCGAUGGUGUCUUCCGCUGGAGGACUUCUGGCGAUGUUGAACGAAACCCACCAGGCGCUCAAAGUCUACGCGCUUACAAAUCUAAUUCGAUUCGUUGAUUCAUUCUGGCCGGAGAUCUCUACAUCCAUUCCCGCAAUAGAAAGUUUGUAUGAGGAUGAGGAAUUUGGUCAAAGACAACUUGCUGCUUUGCUAGCAUCAAUGGUCUUCUAUUAUUUGGGGGAUCUUAAUGAUUCUUUAUCUUAUGCGCUUGGUGCGGGUCCUUUGUUUGAUGUUUCUGAGGAGUCAGACUAUGUUCAUACUCUCCUUGCUAAAGCAUUAGAUGAAUAUGCUAAUCGCAAGGCCAAAGCUGCUGAGGCAAAUGAUGAGGUAGCUGUUGUGGAUCCUAGGUUGGAGGCCAUUGUGGAAAGGAUGCUUGACAAGUGCGUAGUGGAUGGCAAAUAUCAACAUGCGAUUGGAAUGGCUAUUGAGUGCCGAAGGUUAGAUAAAGUUGCUGAAGCGAUUGUAAGGAGUGAUAAUAUUGAUGCAGCUUUGGCUUACUGCAGUAAUGUGUCCCACAACUUUGUCAACCGUAGGGAAUUUAGACGUGAGGUACUUCGUUUGCUUGUUGUGGUGUAUCAGAAGUCUCCAUCUCCAAAUUAUUUGAUCAUCUGUCAGUGGCUUAUGUUUCUUGAUAAGCCAAACGAUGCUGCUGGCAUAUUAGAAAAGCUUCUACGCUCAGAAAAUAGGGAUGAUGCUCUAAUGGCAUUUCAAAUAGCCUUUGAGCUUUUAGAGACUGAGAACCAAGCUUUUCUACUCAGCGUGAGAGAUCAACUUCCUAUGCCAAAGCUUCAACUUUCCGAUUCAGUAGCUAUUGAGCAUAGCACUGCGCAAACUGUAAGCAGCAAUGCCCCCGUAACAAAUGAUUCCCACGUGUCAAGCGGGGAUUCAUCAGCUGUUGAUCCAAAUGAAGCAAUCUACGCAGAGAGGUUGGAAAAAAUCAAAGGCAUUUUAUCUGGAGAAACCGCAAUAAAGUUGACCUUACAGCUCUUGUAUAGCCAUAAUAAGUCGGAUCUCAUCACUCUGAAGACAAUUAAGCAGUCUGUUGAGAUGAGAAACAGUGUUUGUCAUAGUGCAACAAUUUAUGCCAAUGCAAUAAUGCAUGCUGGAACAACGGUUGACACAUUUCUUAGGGAAAAUCUGGACUGGCUCAGCAGGGCAACCAAUUGGGCCAAAUUUAGUGCAACAGCUGGACUAGGUGUUAUCCACAGAGGUCACUUGCAGCAGGGCAGAUCCCUGAUGGCCCCUUACCUGCCACAGAGUGGGGCUGGAGGUGGCAGUCCGUAUUCAGAGGGUGGUGCUUUAUAUGCUCUAGGGUUAAUCCAUGCUAAUCAUGGUGAGGGGAUCAAGCAGUUUCUUCGGGAUAGCCUGCGGAGCACAAACGUUGAGGUUAUUCAGCAUGGUGCUUGUUUAGGCCUUGGGCUGGCUGCUUUGGGCACAGCUGAUGAAGACAUUUAUGAUGACAUCAAGAAUGUUCUUUACACUGACAGCGCCGUUGCUGGUGAAGCUGCUGGAAUUGGCAUGGGUUUACUAAUGGUUGGAACUGCAAGUGAGAAGGUAGGCGAGAUGCUUGCUUAUGCUCAUGAGACACAACAUGAGAAAAUUAUAAGGGGCUUAGCAUUGGGGAUAGCCCUCACUGUUUAUGGAAGGGAAGAAGAAGCUGAUACAUUGAUUGAGCAAAUGACUCGGGAUCAAGACCCCAUAUUGCGCUGUGGUGGCAUGCACGCAUUGGGGUUGGCAUACAGAGGAACUGCAAACAAUAAGGCUAUCCGCCAGUUGCUACAUUUUGCUGUGUCAGAUGUCAGUGAUGAUGUCAGGCGAACAGCUGUUUUGGCUCUUGGAUUUGUUCUAUAUUCUGAACCAGAGCAGACGCCUCGCAUUGUUUCGCUGCUAUCUGAAUCUUACAACCCUCACGUGCGAUAUGGUGCUGCAUUGGCUGUUGGCAUUUCUUGUGCUGGUACAGGCUUGAGUGAAGCCAUCUCACUGUUAGAGCCUUUGACAUCCGAUGUUGUUGAUUUUGUUCGACAGGGUGCUCUUAUAGCAAUGGCUAUGGUAAUGGUUCAAAUUAGUGAGGCAAGCGAUUCACGAGUUGGUACAUUCAGGCGGCAAUUGGAAAAGAUUAUACUGGAUAAGCACGAAGAUACCAUGAGCAAAAUGGGUGCAAUAUUGGCCACUGGAAUACUUGAUGCUGGGGGAAGAAAUGUGACUAUAAAAUUGCUUUCAAAGUCAAAACACGAUAAGAUCACUGCAGUGGUUGGGCUUGCAAUUUUCAGCCAGUUUUGGUACUGGUACCCGCUCAUAUAUUUCAUCAGCUUGUCUUUCUCGCCUACUGCUUUCGUUGGGCUGAAUUAUGACCUUAAGGUCCCAAGAUUUGAGUUCAUGUCUCAUGCCAAGCCUUCACUCUUUGAGUAUCCCAAGCCAACCACAGUUUCGGCAACGGCAUCUGCAGUAAAACUCCCAACAGCAGUUUUGUCUACCUCUGUAAGAGCAAAGGCUAGGGCCAGCAAGAAGGAAGCAGAGAAGGCAAAUGCAGAUAGAACUUCCGGUGCUGCCGAAUCAUCCUCUGCUUCUUCUUCAAAGGGGAAGUCUCCUUCUGACAAGGACAGUGAAUCUAUGCAGGUGGACACUCAUGUAGAAAAGAAGCCAGAACCGGAGCCAUCAUUUGAAAUUUUGACAAAUCCGGCCAGGGUGACCCCGGUGCAGGAGAAGUACAUUAAGUUUUUGGAAGACUGCAGAUAUGUGCCGAUAAAGCCAUCUCCUUCAGGAUUUGUGCUAGUGAAGGACCUUAGGCCCGAUGAACCCGAAGUCCUCUCUCUUACAGAUGCUCCAUCUCAGGCAUCAAAUGUUGCUGCUGCCGAUGCACCUGCUGCUGCAACUGCACAGCAAGGCUCAGCUUCUGCAAUGAAUGUGGAUGACGACGAGCCUCAGCCGCCACCAGCCUUUGAAUACGCAUCAUGAUCUGGCCACAACUGAUGCUUUCUGGGCAGACUGAUAUUCCUGGGGAGGAACGGGGAGCUGACACACACAUCAGAAGCUCUAUAACUGCCCUCCAUUUGUAUCUGCUUGUGUCUUUAAAGCCUGGUUGGUAGUUGUCAUUUUGUGUGAAUCACAUGAUUAUGUACUCUGUAACUUCUCAUGAUCUUCAAGGGUAGAUUUGUGUUUGGCAUUUGAUUUAUAAUUUUUUUUUCAGGAAUUCAUUUUCUACCCAUCAUUUGGCAUCAUAUUUAAUGUUUUGUUUUUUGUAACAUGCCCCAUAACCUGAGAAUUGGUUGUGUAAGACCUUGUUAUGAAGGAAUGUUGGUUUCCCUCUUAAUCGCAGACACUUUCAUGUUUAUGUUUAUGUAGUGACCCUGUUUUCGGUAUACUACAUUUUCGUUUAGACCAUGCUGGCUUUUUUUAAAUAAAAGGACUUAACGGUA